UACACAUCUGCACGUGUGCAUACACAACCCGUGUGUUCGUAAUUAUACAUCACAAGCUCAAGAGUGUCGGGUCAUUGCCUUCCCAAAUUCUCAAUGGCGUAUUGAACAGCCCACAUAAAUCUCGUAACUUGCCCUUCUCGGCGGAGCUUUAACGUCCACGUUUUCAUCCCUCUCCGUAAUCCAUCGUUCACUAAAUUGAAAGGUGCUUUCGUGGUCCGUCGGUUGGUAGGUUUGCCGGAUUCUGGGGUUGUGAGUAAGAACCCCGAAACGAUUGUCCAAAAUCGCGAAUUCGACACCAUCAGCCAAAUUGAAAUUGCGAUCAACGAUACAACGAUAAUACAUGUAAAACGUCCUGACACAUAUUUCAGUUUAGCUUCAACAUCGGUCGGCUAUCUUGGUGAGAUAUCUGAGCGAGCGAGCCAGCAUGCGCGCCACUUAUCAAGUACUGCGAUAAGUCGCAGAGGCCCAGGUAACGUAACCGCUCCCUUGAUAGAUGAGCAGAUCAGAAUAAGCAUCGUGGUGGUGUUGUCAGAGUUUUAGUUACCGCGGUAAAUACAUGAUCCAGUUGAACCAUUUUGGGACACGUUGAAACAACCACUCUGAGAAAAUGACCCUCGCUUUUCAACGAUGACGUUAUCACGAAGGUGCAAGGGAUUGUUAACAGACUAUUACUAAAUAUCAAGUGUCAAAGGAGCUGGGUGCUGGUAUGUGCAUCAUUCGUCACACUCGCCAACGGUGUAAUUCAGUUUCAAAAUGGUGAGGCAACAACGUUUCGCAAACGGAUCGAGAAGCCCGAGUGUUGCUUGGUGUGUGUUCAUAUUGUGCCUCGCCUCGUUUCAACUCGAGGUUCACGCUGGCUGCCCGGAAAGGUGUUUGUGCUCCUUGGACCAGGUCCCUAGUCGCGUGGCAUGCGAGAAGAGAGGCUUGCGAGAAUUUCCUGAUAGAAUCAGCGAUUUGGUACAAUAUUUGGAUUUGUCCGGAAACAUUUUGCAAGAGAUACCGGAUACUUUGACGCUUUUCAACAAACUACAGUAUCUAAAUUUGGCCAGAAAUCGGUUGACCGAUUUGCCGGAUAAACUUUACGGGUUGGAUCAGCUGCAGAAACUCGAUCUAUCUGGUAAUGCUUUUACCUCCGUAUCUGGACUGACAUCGAUAAGCCAUCUGACGAGCCUGAAGAUCUUGUUCUUCGGAGGAAAUCCAAUAUCUAGUCUGGACGGGUUAAUGAGUCAGUCGUUGCAAGUCUUGGAUUGCAGUCACUGUGGAAUUAAAGCGUUUGCUAAUACGACUGUGAGUAAACUGACGCAACUGAGAACUCUGAGUCUCAUGGGAAAUCCUUUGAGAAUAGUGGAUAAACCCGUGAGCGAAUCAUUGAGAUGGUUGGACAUGUCGGACUGUCAAAUAAACUACCUGUAUCCAGAUUCGCUAUUGUAUUUGCCGAAUCUGGAAGAACUGCGACUGUCGAAUAACCCGAUGCUCGUCUUCAGCACGCGAUUCAACACUUUGACGCAUAAUAAAUUGAAGAGAUUAGACGCUUCAAGGUGCAAUUUGGACCGACCUGGGCUUCACGGUUUCCCUCAACUAAUCAUCGCGAAGCUGAACCGAAACUUGAUCAGAUUUCUACCGGAUCAGAUAUUUGCAAAAAACACCGAAUUACGACAAAUAUCGCUCGCAGCAAACGUUUUCGAUCAAGUUAACAAGAGCGCGUUUGCUGGUUUAGUGAAAUUGGAAAUUCUGGACUUGUCUUUAAAUUCACUGCACAAUAUCCACUGGGCAGCGUUCAGAGAGAACAUGAAUUUGCGUCUGUUGAACCUGUCUCACAACAGUUUACUUCAGUUUCCAAACUUUACGAGUUCAACGACCUUCUUGGAUCUGUCUGGCAAUUUAUUGGAUGACUUUACGAACGACGUAUUGCUCACCAUGCCAAAGCUCAAGACUCUUUACCUGAGCAACAAUCGAGUGGACCAAAUUCCUGAUAAUCUUGAAUCACACUCCCUCACUACUCUCUCCCUUCGGCAGAACAGGGUGAUCCAAUUAACUAAUCAAACUUUUCAUCUGCUUCCGGCUCUCGAACGUAUCGAUCUGUCAGGGAAUCUACUGACGGUUGCACCGCUACCAUCGGUGUUCGAGGGUAAUCCAUCCUUGCAGAGGAUCCUGCUGGAUGAAAAUCCGUGGCGAUGCGAUUGCGAGCUAAUCUACGAGAGCUACGAAUUUCUGUUAAAACUGAAAGCUAACCCGCUGGACCUCGUUUGUGAAAGUCCCGGCAACGUGUCCGGCUUCUCAUGGAAAAUGGCCUGCAACGAAAAAGAUGUCGGUUUUGACCCGAAGGACAAAACCUGGGGCAUGAUACUCAUCAGUCUAUUGACCAUGGUUAUAGUAUUCGGCAGUGUCGUGUCUCUGCGGCAUGCGAUGAAAAUGAAAAGACAGGCUCACCUGGAACGCCAGGAGCUGGAGAGAGCCGAAGCCAGGGAAAGACUGAGGCUUCUGCAAAGACGAAACCGUCACGAGGAAGACCAGCUUAUCGAGCAGUCGUCGGAGCCGAGAAUCAACCCUCUGGAACUGAUCUGUCCACCGAGCUACGAGGAAGCCGUUCACAUGCCACGACUGGCACACUCGAUGGACGCCUUGGACUCUAUAUCGAUGGAAAGCGUGCCGACGCACAUACUCGGCUCGGUGGAUAACCUGAGGUCCAAAAAGCGUAGGUCGAGGAGACCAAGGAAGAGAGCUAUCAGUGACGAGAACUUGGCAAGGAGGGAAGAGCGGCGUGAAAUCAGACGGCGGCGGAUCAGCCUCGAGAGGAAUCGGUCCACCAAUGACCUCGGGGACUCGGCCCAGUCCCCACUCGAUUCCACCAACGAGCUUGCGUCCUCGAGGAGCUUGCAGCAGCGGCGCCCUCGUCCGAGGAGCAACUCGGACGAUGACGCCGGAUCCAGGACACGGCCACGACCUCUGACCCCCGCCGUCCGACACAAGAAGCGACGGAGCAACGCGAGGAACGGACAUUCGUCCGACGACGAGGACUCGGACGUCCACGCCGGAAUCCUGCCGGCAAAGAUAACGACGAACGGAAUCGUCAUCCAGACCCUGACCAAAGAACCGAGAAGUGGUUACAGGCCGACUGAUCAGGAGAGCGACUUCUAGAACGACCGAUGGAAACGGUUACUCUUGGAGUUGAAAGCUCCGUCGGCAACUCGGUAUUACAGAGAACCUCGGUAUUCGAGGCUCUUUGAUAACGCUGGAGACCAUCGGGCUUGCGGGCUAAAAAAGCGGUCGCUUUCAUCAUCUGCGGUCUCGUGUGCUUUUCGUCGCGUGUCGUUGACGCAAUCAGGUCUUUCGGAGCCCGGACGAACCUCCUCGAGUAACGAAUCGGGUUGCAGUGAUCCUUUCGACUGUUGUUGCGCUGUGAAAAAUUUCAGGAUGCGCUGAUGUGGAAGUGCACUGAUGAUAUUCAGGCGAUGUGGAGUUAAGGGGUAGCGAAAGUCUGGUGUGACGAUGUAUUGAUCCUGCACUCACUAAAAUGGAGUGAUUUUAGUUUGGUACCGGUUUACUGUGCCUACUGACAGCAAAUUAUGGUCAUCGUAACACGAGGAUUAAAUAUGAUUAUACUUCAUUAUAUUGGUUAAGAUUAUUUUUAUUUAUUAAAGACUGAAUAACGCGUGAUGAAAAAGAAUUUUCUUUUUUUCAAAACCAGUCUCGGGAGUUGAACUGCACUCGCGAGGUCAAUCGUACGUCAUGUUUCUCAAUGCCAAGUAAACUCGAAAAUACAUUCCCCUUAAAUAUUAUGGACUAGUAAAUCAGGAUAAUGAACCAGACGUUAUCGACUUCAGCGGUAAGUGGAGUCUGAAUUGAGUGAAAUGAACAGGUCUAUAUCAGCCUGUUGUUCAAGUGUUCAAAGUUCAGUGAUAAGUGAAAUAAGGUGAGUAACGUAAAACAAAUAAAAAGUCGGAAUGAUGGUAUAGCGUAGAAGAGGCGGGUUAAAAAAAAACUAAGGAAGAUACAUGGCCAUGACACUAAAAUGACAAUGCAAAUUGUAUGUUAUACACAUAUGUGCUUGUUCUGUUUCCAGUCCGGCUGAGUGAGUUGCAGCUGUUUUGCAGCAUGGAAUAUUUUACUAGAAAAACGUGAACGUUGGAUUCACUAUUGCCACUUCAAAGUGACAUAAUUCUGGCCCUCCAUACCCGAUUCCGGCACGAUUUUCGAUACACAAAUUUUCUCAUGUCUUUCCUAGCUAUCCGUACGUUUAGCUGAGCUAUUUGGCUGGUGUAGGGAUUCAUCGUUUGACGGUUUGUCAAUGUAAUAGCUGCCAGUCACGACGGAUGUGGAUUUAUAUACCUAUGGUAGAGGAAAGUAAGUAACGAGUAAAAUAUAUUUAUAUAUUUAUAUAAUAUUUAUUAUGUCGAAUAGUAGCACAUCUCGCCGGAUGCAUAUAAGAACGGUGUACUUGUACGGAAUAAACAUUUACAAUGAUUUGGCUCAGAAGACGGGUUAUACGAAUUACGGGUAUAACGAUAUCUACGUAUUUAUGCGUAUACUACAUAUUUUUAUAUUUAUACUUUAUUAUAAUAUUUAAAAAUAUAUUAAAACAUUGUACGUAUGUACCAAUGAGCUAGUUAAUAUGCGUGAUGAUGUAUUUUAAUUAUGUUACAUUAUAUAUUUGUUUUUGAAUCUUAACACGUGGUAAGGCAACUAGAUAUUUAAAUGCUAAGUGAGCCGCGUUUCAAUAUUUUAGUUACGAAAUAAAUAACAAACCUGCAAUGUCCAUAAACGUUUCACCAGGUACGUUGUUAUAAACUUAUGACCCUGAACAAUAUAUUUAUGACAACUCACCAAAUAUUCGCUUAUAUUGUAUAGGUACGACUAAUUACGUUAAAUCGUUUACAUAUUGUACAGUAUAAUGUAAUGUAUAAUCUAGUGAUCUAGAUUCUAGGUAUAUUAAUUAACAGUAGUCUAUCACGACGUAUAUUCUUCAAUUGAGAAAUCACUGGUCGACGAUAGACGGCGCUUCAAUCGAUCCCUAACUAUACAUACGUGGUAAACCGAACAUCGUUCUCAUAAUUCACGCGCUCAGUCGAAUCCUGGACCUCGACCAAUAUUUACGCUUGUUCUAAGAGGCUACAAAUGCUUUUCACUGCAAGCGGGCAUUGACAUUACAGUCCAUUUGUCUUAACAGGUAUGUUUUCCA